ACGGAGUAUACUCCGGGGGGACAUAUUUGUCCAAUCUCGAAACAAACUGGGUGCCCCCCUUCCAGCAAAUUUCAAGGCGUCCGGAGACGAUAAGAUAUUACCAAGCUGGAGUAAUUUGGUAUCCUGGUGGCUUGAUUAGCAAUCUAGCUUUGUUCAUCUUUAACCUCCUCCUCCCUGCCGUCUUCAUCACUCCCCUCAUCGCACGUUAGAAACGUCGACACCUGUAAUCCUCGUUCUCCCCAUUUGAGCUCCUCUUAUCUGUUCGGCUUCAAUCUGCGCUCACCAUCGUGACCAACGCUGUUCCAUAUCAGAAUCGUCCGCACAAGUACUCAACCCUUGAUUGUGUUGCGUACUGGUCGAACUCAGAGAAGACAAAAGUAAUGACGACACCAUUAAUAGCAGGAGUUGCCAUUGCAGCAGCUGCUUGUGCAGGCAGGUAUGGUAUUGUUGCAUGGCAAGCUUUCAAGGCAAGGCCACCGACCGCCACAAUGCGUAAAUUUUAUGAAGGAGGUUUCGAACCUAAAAUGACAAGAAGAGAAGCAGCUCGUAUUCUCGGAGUCAGAGAAAGCACUCCACAAGAUAAAGUGAAGGAAGCUCAUAGGAGGGUGAUGGUGGCUAACCACCCAGAUGCAGGCGGGAGCCAUUAUCUCGCAUCGAAAAUUAAUGAAGCAAAAGACAUUCUUCUUGGAAAGUCCAAAAGCAAUGGAGGGUCUGCAUUUUGAUUUAGCGUUCAUACUCUUUUGAAAGACCUACUUAACAAAGAAAUCUAUAUCCAUGGCGUUGGAGACCAUCAUCAUAUCUCUCCUGCAGUUAUAUACUGAAAAUUCAUUAUGUUUGUAGCUUCAAGAAUUAAUUACUACGUAAAGUGAUUCUUGAUUCACACCAAGAUUCGAGUAUAUUAGUAAUGUUAAAUGCAUUUUGUACUCGAUGUAUUACUUACAUUUGAAUACAAAUAACAAUUUCCUAGUAGUGACUUGUAAGAACGGAAAAUUUUGUAAACUCUCGAUGUAUCAAGAGCGUUGUUCAGGUUUAUUUUUAAAUUUAAGUUUAGACCAAUCACCAAUGGCAUACAGAUAAAGGCCUAGAGAAGUUUGGAAGACAUGUGUUUAGGUUAACACUUUUCUGUAACAAUAUUUGAAGAAACAAUAAAAUGUUUGUGAGUUGUUGGAAAAA